CUGCAGCGCACAUCAUCCCUUUCCCAUCCACAUCUACCACACUCAACUGCAAUGCCACCCCGUCUCCCCCGCCUCACCUUGUUCACAGGCGGCAAGGAGUGCGGUCUUUGCGAGGUGGCCAAAGCCAACCUCGUUGCUGUCCGCCACACCCACCCAUUCGAAAUCAAGGUGUGGAACAUUCGAGAGCCGCCAGCGGACGUAGGGGCAGAGGACGUGCACAAGUGGCGUCGAGCGUACCAGUAUGAAAUUGUGAGUACUAACGCACGACGCGCGGGGGUCAAAGGUGAAUGUGACGAGGACGGGGCGGGUUUCUGUGUGUGAGAAGGGGCGGGGUUAGGCGCCCUUGAGCGUGAUCAGAGGGCGGUCAGAUGAGCCACCAUCGCCCCUCCACUCAGUCACCACAGUACGAGCUGACCUUAGCCUGUACUUCACAUCGAUGGGGAACGCUCUCUCAAAAACAACAUCACACAGGAGGAUCUGCGGAGAGUGCUAGACGAGUGGAAAGCAAAGAACGCGGCGGCCGUUGAAGAAGAC